UUUUCUGUCUUCUGGUCUCUCUACCCAUUUGCCCCUUUUUCUUAUUUAUUUAAUUAAUUAAUUUUAUCCGUGUGGUUCUUCUUUCUUCUUCCUCAGAACCUUCCUACACAAGUUGUGGGUGUCUUUAUAAUCCUCUCAAAACCUUGUCUUUGAUCCAAUUGGCGUUUGAGCAAAAAGGGGCUAUGGAAUUCACCAGUCUUCUUACAAACAACACUGCUGCAGCUGCUUCAUUGGAUCUUAACUCAAAGCCCAUCAAGUUUCUUGAUGAAACCCCUUCUUCAAUGAAACAAGAAGUGGUGGAGAGUGAUUUCAUUGGAUUUAGGAGACAAGUGAAUGUGAAAGAAGAGAAAGGAGCUUUGAUUGAGGAGCUGAACAGAGUUAGUGCAGAGAACAAGAAGCUCACAGAAAUGCUUACACUUUUGUGUGAAAAUUACAAUGAAUUGAGGAGCCAAUUGGUGGUUCAGACAGCCAAGAAUCCUCCAAUUCCAAAUGAUGUUCGAAAGAGGAAAGCAGAAGCCAUUAUCAACAACAACAAUGAAUCUGCUGCUGCUAAUAUUGGGCCAUCUGAGUGCAGCUCAAGUGAUGAAGAUUCUUCUUCAAAGAAGCCUAGGGAAGAACACAUCAAGGCUAAAAUUACCCGCGUUUAUGUCCGUACAGACCCCUCCGACACCAGCCUUAUAGUGAAGGAUGGUUAUCAAUGGAGGAAGUACGGACAGAAGGUUACAAGAGACAAUCCUUGUCCAAGAGCUUAUUUCAAAUGCUCUUUUGCUCCAAGCUGUCCUGUCAAAAAGAAGGUCCAGAGAAGUGUAGAGGAUCAAUCAGUUGUAGUAGCAACUUAUGAGGGGGAACACAACCACCCAAACUCGUCGAAAUCGGAGAUUCCCGCUACCGGGACUAAUCGAACCUUGGCGCCGCCCCCGCCUUGCUCGACCAGCGUCGGGUCCUCCGGAGUGACGACCGAUCCGACUAAGCCAAAACUUAGUCAGGAAGGCAAAAUUGAUGGGCAAGAAUUGCAGCAUUACCUUGUGGAACAAAUGGCGAAUACAUUGACUCAAGAUCCGAAUUUUAAAGCCGCACUGGCGGCGGCGAUCUCCGGGAAGUUUCUUCAGCAGAAGAAUCGGACGGAGAAAUGGUAGCGACAGCAGGAUCGAUCAAUGCCGGUUGUAUGUAUAUAUAUAUAUAUCGUUAGCGACGGGAGAAAAGACGCGAUCAAAUUCAUUUGAAAUGAGUCGAAAAAGUUAAAGCAGAAAAUAGUGAUAUUGUACUACGAUGGGUAACCUCCUGAGAAGUUCUCGUGUAGCGUAGACAUCUUCGAUUCGAUUUUCCUAGUUGAGAUUGUAUUGGAACUGUAAGAAUUAUCGAGCGAAUUCACAUUUUCAGA